AUGCAUCACACAGUUAAGCAGAAGAAGUGCUAUUGGCCACUGGUGAAGUGUGUGACUGUCAGGGGGCCGAAGAAGGGUCUUCUCCAGCACGUCACACUUGUGGAUCUUCCUGGAAACCGGGACCGUAACAAGACCAGAGACACAAUGUGGAAAAAGGUUGUUGGAAGUUGUUCUACUGUGUGGAUUGUGGCUGAGAUCAAUCGAGCAGCUUCUGAAAAAGAAUCCUGGGAGAUCCUGGAAGAAUCCUGCAGCCUCAUGGGAAAUGGUCGCGAGUGUCAGCAGAUUCAUUUGAUCUGCACCAAGUCUGAUAGUCUUGGAGGUUCAGAUGAUCAGUCAGCAGCUGAUGUUCGUGCUCUGAUACUAAAACAAAACGAGCAAGCCAAGAUAGACGUGAAGGCAGAAUUCAGCAAACUAAAAGACGUUAAGGAAUUCCUGCAAGAUCUCAACGACUGGCAGACAUGGAACUAUGUGUCUGGAGCUCUGGGGGUUCUCUCUCUGAUUCAGGCAGCCAGCAGCAGAGAGAGAGGAACAUCAAGCUGACAUAAAGACGGCUGUGUCCAUAGGACUUGAAGAGAAGCUGAGUCAUGAACUUGAUCAAGUCAGGGAACCCAUGGACCCUUAUGGCUUUUGAAAGAUGUCUCAGUGGGGGGGUUAAAACAUCAAAGAGUUCAUGUGAAGAAGUCUUAAAGUCGGUCCUUUAUCCUACAAAGAAAGGUGGUGCACUUCACAGGUCACUGAAGUGUGGAGUUGAGAAUGGUGGCAUCCACAAACCAAGAGAAGGGGAAUGAAGAAACAUCAACAUGAAGCUAACUUCAUGUUUGACUGACAGCAUUGAGGAGGAAUUGAAGAAGACCUUCCCAAAUGAAGGAGAAAGAGAACCAUUCAACGGGGUCAUCAAUACAUUUCCACUUGGCACAGAGGAGGAGAUGAGGAAGAAGGAGUGCGGAAAUGUCAAACUGCAGCUGACAUUUCUCAAGAGGAAGAAAAGAUGAAAACAAACCUCAAGAAACUCCUCCGUGAGCGUAAGAGAAGGAUCUCCAGCAGCCUGACAACAACAAUGGAGGAGACCAUGAAAGAAUGCUCUGACAGGAAGACAGAAGAUCACUACAGACAUAGAAAUACACCUCUACACAUUUUGAUGUCAACAUGUUUCUGUUUGAUGUAGGAGCAAAAGAAAUGAAAGGAGAAGGCACGCUGAAAAACAUGAGGGGAACGAUUGAAAUGCACGUUCAUGGUUCAAAAGACGUCAUGUUUGAUAAGGCUGAAGACGCCAUGAUGAAACAGCUGAGAGACCUGAUGCUUUGUCACAUUUGAUAUUUCCUCCUGCAGUCAAAUGAAACUAGGAACACUGCAACACAAACAUACAUGUGCACACAUGUCAGUGUUCAGUGAUCAA